AGGUGUGCUACCCUGAACCUUCCGUGUUGAGUGCUGCUCUUUGUCAUCGCGCACAUCGUCAGAAGGCGGCUGAGACUUAUUAAAAUUAUUCUUAAUUCAUAUUUUCCCCUUCCCCUCCCUCUUAUUCCCCCUAUUACCAGUGAUUAUCAAGUGAUUUUAAACUCAUUUUUAUUCAUCUGAACCUCUUUAAAACAACGCUAAUGCUCCGGUGAAUUAAAUACCAAAUCUCAAAGGCGGGAACGUAGGAGAAAAAGUGACAGCACAGGAUAUCAGAUAGAGUGUUCAAGUCAGUCAGUUGCGGUCGAGCUGGUGUUUAAGACACUACUUUAGUCUUAAUACAAACAUUCCCUCAAGACAUGGGACACCAAGGUGUCAUUCUAUGUCUCAUCAUUGGACUCCUCGUGCUUGAGUGCACUACUACGCGAGUUCAAAACACCACCAAGCGGAAGAAGGAUGUAACAUCAUCGGUAUCUUCAACUGAUCAAACAGGUGCCUCAUCAUUCUGGAGUCCUUCCAUCAAAACAGGAAAUAUUUUUACGCAAGACAGUUCAUCUGGAUUCUUUUCAUCAGCUCAUGGUCUAGUGCAAUCGCAUCCAAGAGGAUCUGGUAGUGUUUUCCAGAGUGGUUUUGGUGGAGUUGAUAAUUUAGGACGACAAGGAGUGACGACAAGACCACCAAGAACACGACCACUGGAUUACAGUGAACGAGCGACAGCUGAGUUACGAAGAAAUCCCGCACUUUCAGCUCCUGAUGAAUGUGCACGAGCCUGUCGAGAGGGCGAGCCGCCAAGGAUUUGUUACUAUCACUUUACUUUAGAAUAUUACACUGUCCUUGGAGCUGCCUGCCAAGUCUGCACACCUAACGCAACAAAUACAGUCUGGAGUCAUUGUCAAUGUGUUUUAGCUGAUGGAGUAGAGCGUGGAAUUCUCACUGCUAAUCGGAUGAUUCCAGGACCAAGUAUUCAAGUAUGUGAAGGAGAUAAAGUGGUUGUAGAUGUUGAGAACCAUAUGGAUGGUAUGGAAGUGACUUUACAUUGGCAUGGAGUAUGGCAGAGAGGAUCUCAGUACUAUGAUGGUGUUCCAUAUGUUACUCAAUGUCCUAUUCAAGAAGGAAAUACUUUCCGUUAUCAAUGGACUGCAGGUAAUGCUGGAACUCACUUCUGGCAUGCUCACAGUGGUCUUCAGAAAAUUGAUGGACUGUACGGAAGUAUUGUAAUCCGUCAACCACCAUCUAAAGAUCCUAACAGCAAUCUUUAUGACUAUGAUCUUACCACUCAUGUGGUAUUAAUCAGUGAUUGGAUGCAUGAAGAUGCUGCAGAAAGAUAUCCUGGUAGACUUGCUGUUAAUACUGGUCAAGAUCCUGAGACUGUUUUGAUCAAUGGAAAAGGACAAUUCAGAGAUCCCAAUACCGGUUUUAUGACUAACACACCUUUAGAAGUAUUUACUAUUACUCCUGGUCGUAGAUAUCGAUUCCGACUGAUCAAUUCAUUCGCAUCUGUUUGCCCAGCUCAAAUUACAUUCGAAGGCCAUACUUUAACUCUCAUUGCUACUGACGGAGAACCUGUUCAUCCAGUUCAAGUCAACACCAUCAUCUCAUUUUCAGGAGAACGAUACGACUUUGUUAUUAAUGCCGAUCAACCCGCCGGAGCUUACUGGAUUCAGCUUAGAGGUCUUGGAGAAUGUGGUAUCAAGAGAGCUCAACAGUUGGGUAUCUUACGAUAUGCUCGUGGUCCUUAUCAGCCAAGCACACCUAGUCCUACUUAUGAUGUUGGACUUCCUCAAGGUGUUGUACUUAAUCCUCUUGAUGCUAUUUGCAAUAUGCCAAGAGAAGAUGCUGUUUGUGUUAAUCAACUCAAAAAUGCUAAACACAUUGAUGAAGGUAUUCUUCAACAAAGACCGGAUGUUAAGAUUUUCUUACCCUUCAGAUUCUUAUUCUAUCGGCCAGAAGAAAUAUUCCAACCUAACACUUAUAAUCGAUUCUUAGUCGCACCCACUGGUGAUCACGUUAUCUCACUGGUCGAUGAAAUUUCCUUUACGUUCCCACCAGCACCACCACUCUCACAAAUCGAUGAUAUUCCACCUGAACAGUUUUGCAAUGGUGAUAAUAGACCUGGUGACUGUGGCGCCAAUUGUAUGUGUACGCAUAAAGUUGAUAUACCACAUAAUGCAAUUGUUGAAGUUGUUCUUGUUGAUGAAGUACAACAACCAAACCUUUCACAUCCAUUCCAUUUGCAUGGAUAUGCGUUUAACGUUAUUGGUAUGGGACGUUCGCCUGACAGGAAUGUUAAGAAGAUUAAUUUGAAACAUGCACUAGAUCUUGAUAGACGAGGGCUCUUGAAUCGAGAAUUCAAUCUACCACCUUCUAAGGAUACUAUAGCUGUUCCUAAUAAUGGAUACGUUGUGUUCAGAUUCCGAGCUGAUAACCCUGGUAAGUGAAACUUUCUAAACGAUCCUAAUGAAUAAA